GGUCAUGUGAUCAGCUGUGUCCAAUCACAGCUGAUCACAUGGGACAUGUACACUGAUCAUCAGGGCACUGAUGAUCAGUGUGCCCUGAUGAUCAGUGUGGCCCCAGAAGUGCCACCUGUCAGUGUCCAUCAGUGCCACAUCAGUGCCACAUAUCAGUGCAUACCAGUGCACAUCAAUGCCACAUAUCAGUGCCCAUCUGAGCUGCUUUUCAAUGUCACCCAUCAGUGCCAGUCAGUGCCACCUAUCAAUGCCAAUCAGUGCCACCUAUCAAUGCUGCCAAUCAGUGCCACCUAUCAGUGCCAGUCAGUGUCGCAUCAGUGCUGCCUAUCAGUGCCAGUCAGUGCUGCCUAACAGUGUCAGUCAGUGCUGCCUAUCAGUGCCACCUAUCAGUGCCAUAUAUCAGUGUCAUGUAUCAGUGCUGCCUUUCAGUGCCCAUCAGUGAUGCCUGUCAAUGCCCAUUAGUGCAACCUACCAGUGCCUCCUCAUCAGUGUCACCUAUUAGUGUCCAUCAGUGCAGCCUAUCAGUGCCCAUCACUGCAGCCUCAUUAGCGCACAUCAGUGAAGGAGAAAAAUCACUUAUUUACAAAAUUGUAUAACAAAAACUAAGAAAAAACUUUUUUUUCAAAAUUUUCAGUGGUUUUUGGUUUGUUUAAGAAAAAAUAA